AUGACGUUGGAUCGUGCGACAAUGAAUAUAAUUCAAAUGGGGAUCGGUUUCUUCCUCAAUUUCGUCGCUUUCAAUGCAGCUGGUAAUCAUUUCUCGCUUUUUUUGUAGAUCGAAUUGAAGUAUUUUUGAGAUUUCAUCCAAGAAUCGGUUAUAAACAGUGCGUCAAAAAGUGGGAAGAUCGAUGAAUACGCGGGAUAUUACAGGUUCUUUUUAUUUCCGAGUUCUUACUGAAAGAAAAAGUAGCAAUAUAAAAAUAUUGGUUCGUUAUGCCGAAGAAGUCAUUCAGCCGAAGGAUCGAAUUUUCCUCACGUUUCGCUCAUUUUCAAUCUCGAGUCUUCUUUUUUUCAGUCUUGCAAUAGUUUAUGCUACGUUUGCACUGGGAAAUCUCAUAUCGGCGCCGAUAAUCAACGCGUUAUCACCCAAGUAUGCCAUGUCUCUGAGUGUUUUGACCUAUGCCGCGUUUCAGGUUUGGAAAAAAAAGCGAUACAUGAAAAUUACCUUUUCCAGGGCGGAUUUCUUUACCUGAACGUGUACUAUCUCUACUUUUCUAGCGCGUUUGUGGGCUUCGGCGCAUCCAGUGAGUGAGAAGGUCCUGGAACGAAUUUCGAUUGUUUCGAAACAGUACUCUGGGCGGGACAAGGAGCGUAUCUGUCGCAAAACUGCACAGAAACGACCACCAGCCGCAACUCCGCCAUCACUUGGGCUCUCACCGAAGGAUCGUCCGUUUUUUUCCAUUUCACCUAUCUUAUUUCAUGAGGGGACCCCUUUUUGAUUGUCCAAUUUUUAAAUUCUUUCAGACUUCUCGGCGGCGGCCUCUUGCUCUACGUCAUUUUCAGUCAAAGUACGUCUUCCGACUCGAUUUCUCCGGUUACGGUCAGUAUUAUCUUGUCAAGCACUUCUCGGCAACUUUUUAGAUUCCAGGCAGAUGUGCUUUAUUCUGUUUUUACCGGUCUUUCCUUAGUUUCUGCUGCCGUUUUGUUCCUUCUUCAAGCGCCGGCUUACCAGGAAAAAGUCGAGAAAAUCCAAGCAGUUUCGUUUUUUCAACGCGUUUGUAAGCAAAUCAGAGACUUUUGAAAUUCUUGUGGUUAGAAAUGUGUUAAGAUGCGCCCUUCGAGUUGCUCAGGUCCCGGAAAAUGCAGCUUCUGACAUUGGUUUUCGCGUACACUGGCGUUGAACAAGCCUUCUGGACAGGUGAACGAAUUCUUUGUAAACUUCAAGUCAGAGAACUUGUUUGAGCUUUAAUCUCCCUAAUACUUUUCGAUUUCCGAUAGAAACCUUUUUCUCAUCUUCCAGGAGUCUAUCCGACCUGUAUCUCUUUCACCAAGAAGCUUGGCAACGACACGAAUGUGCUCCUCGCAUUGAACUCGAUCUACUCGGGAGCCGCACAGAUCCUGGCAGGACUCAUUUUCGGAUUGCUCGGCGACAAAACGCGCAGAAUCGGAAGGGAUGCUGUUGUUCUGUUUGGCGCCUUCGUUCAUUUGAUCGUUUUUGUCAUGAUCUACCUCAAUUUUCCGGCCGAUGCAUCUCUCAAUGACACAAUUUCGGACGGCGCUAUUUUAAAGCCGAAGUGAACUUCACAUCAUUUUUACAACCAUCAAUGAAAACUUCUAAGCGUUAUUAUCGCAAUGGUUUCCGGAGGACUUUUGGCUUUCGGCGACGCUUGUUGGAACACGCAGAUUUACUCUCUUUUGUGCGAAUCGUACCCGACGCAAAGCAGCGAAGCUUUUGCUAUGUUCCGGUUUUUUCAGGUUUAUUUUUCCCUUAUUCUCUGGUUUUUGUUUCUCCCCUGUAUUUCCAGAAGUUCUUCAUAUCUUCAUGAACCUUCUAUCUUUUGUCAGUCCUUGCAAUUCACGGAAAUCUUCAGGCUGGCAUGGAAUGCUUCGCUUUCGUCUACUCGUCUGUUCUUCAGCUUCAGUACAUUCUCGUCAUCAUGGCAGGUCUCUCGGUUUUCGCCGCCGCCUCUUUUUUCCUCGUGGAACAACUUGAAUCAACAGAAAUAUCCGGACUCUCUUUGAACGAUUUGAAAUUUGAACCUAAAACGAACGAUUCGGUUUAUAAAUAG